AUGCCGCUGUAUAACAUUCUGUGUAUCGCAGCGCAUUAUCCAGAGAUUGCACCGAUCCGCGAGCUUCUGAAGACAACGAGCUCAAUCAUAAACAACGGCAAUGGAGUUAUCAGGAGUGUGGAUUUCUGGGGCACCCAAACGCUGCCAAUGAAGAUGAGAAGACAUCAGGAGAUGCACGACAAGGGCGAUUACAUAAACAUGCAGUUCAUGGGAUCGCCUAGAGUGCUCAACAACCUCAACCAACUCCUCAGAUUAGAUCCGCGAGUCGUUCGAUGGCAGACGAUCAAUCAGGGUGCAAAACUGGAGGAUGUACUGGGGAAAUGA